UUUUAUUUUUGCUUCCAUCAGCUGUACUACCCACCAUGUCUCAGGUCCUGCUCGGGCUAGUGUCUCUGCCAAUUUUAAGCGGUCUGUUCUUGGUGUUGAGGGCUGUGAGACAAUGGUUCAGACAGUCCCAUUUGCAUGACGUUCCUGGACCACCGCGGACGUCUCUCAUCGCCGGCAAUCUUAAACAGAUAUUCAAUCUCGACGCAUGGGAAUUCCUACGGGAGAUUGGAACGUACGGGAAGGUCGUCCGCAUAUGGGGUCUGUUUGGUGAUACGCAGUUGUAUGUCAGUGACCCGAAAGCAUUGCACCACAUCCUUGUCAAGGAUCAGUAUAUCUACGACGAGUCUGAUAUGUUCAUCGAAUCCAAUAGCCUAGUCUUCGGUCUGGGCCUUCUUUCUACCCGUGGUGAACAUCAUCGUAGACAGCGAAAGCUCCUCAAUCCUGUGUUCUCGACCAAGCACAUGCGUUCUAUGCUACCGAUUUUCUAUGGCAUCGGGCACCAUCUCUGUGAUAUAUUCGAGAGAAAGAUCGCCGAUGGCUCUCAAGAAAUCGAUGUUUCGGACUGGAUGACUCGUGUGGCGUUGGAGCUCGUUGGUCAAGGGGGCUUGGGAUAUUCUUUCGAGUCUCUUGACGAGAAUUCAUCCAACGAAUGGGGCAAUGCUUUAAAGGAUUUCGUACCUACCUUGGCUUCCGUUAAUCUCAUCCGUCAAUUCCUCCCUUGGGUUUCCAAGAUUGGAACUCCAGGCUUCCGUCGUUGGUUUUCGCAGACCAUCCCUUUCAAGAGGCUCCACAGGUUGAUCGAGUUGUCCGAUAUUAUGGACAAGAAGUCGAAGGAGAUAUUGAAUUCGAAGAAGGUGGCAUUGGAGAAGGGAGAUGAUGCGGUUAUACACCAGGUGGGGGAAGGAAGGGAUAUCAUGAGUAUCCUUCUCAAGGCAAACAUGGAAGCCUCUGCAGAGGACCGCUUGCCUGAGUCUGAGCUCACAGCUCAAAUGUCUACCCUCACCUUCGCGGCCAUGGACACAACAGCCAACGCAAUGUCACGGAUGAUACACACCCUUUCUGAAGAUCAGGACGCUCAGGAUAGGUUACGCAAAGAGAUUACCAACGCACAUAAGGAGAGCGAUGGUGAUCUGGAUUAUGACACUCUGCACGAGCUGCCAUACCUGGAGGCCGUUUGUCGGGAGAGUCUUCGCCUACAUCCUCCCAUACUCCACAUGUUCCGAACGACACGAAAGGACGUCGUGCUACCCGUCGGAACCCCCAUCCACAUGAAGGACAAGCUAGUCUCCGAGCUCUUCAUCCCAGAAAACACCAACGUCAUUGUCGGCAUCAAAGGCGUUAACUGCGACGAGUCGAUUUGGGGUCCGGACGCUCAUGAGUGGAAACCUGAAAGAUGGCUUUCGCCUCUUGCUGAGAGUGUGGCGAACGCCGGAAUCCCGGGUGUUUAUUCGAAUACAUUGACCUUUUUAGGUGGAGGACGGGCGUGCAUCGGCUUCAAAUUUUCGCAACUUGAGAUGAAGGUCGUGCUCUCCCUCUUGAUCUCGAAAUUCCGGUUUUCUCCCGCGAAGACCAAGUAUUCCUUCAAGUCGAGCGGUAUCGUCACGCCCAUGUUCAAUGGAAGGCCCGGCAUGCCGCUCGACAUUUCUUUGGUAUGAGUAUUGGCUCGUCGAAAGGAUACGAAGGAGAUCUGUGUCUCGGGUAAAGUUGGGUCGUGGUUUUGAUAACCAGGCUAGAUUGGGCAUGAAAAGAGCCUUUGGCUACCGCCAGUCGUUGACCAGAUGUUCGUGCUUGUAUCUGUGUGCGUAUAUGCGUAUGUCACCUUUUGGGCGUCUCU